ACUGUGUGACGGAUUACUAUAAAUCUAUAUCCCUGGCCGGCUCGAUGUUCUCAUCCAACACGUCUCCUGGACGCAAAACGUCGUCGAGCGGUCUGCCCUCGGGAGUCGGAGUGGGAUCGACAGGCCCCGACUCCGAGGACGGCGCGUCCCCACACGACGACGUACUGCUCGCCAGCAAAACGGAAUGGUCCUCUUCUGCUUCUAAUACUUUCGAAUCGUCGCCUUCCUGGUGGACCGUGUUGUUGUCGUCGAGCGUCGCUGUCUCUGGGAUCGGAGCAAGCUCCGACUCUGCUGCAGACGACAGCGCGUCGCCGCUCGGCAAUCCAUCACUGUGCAAGGAGACAAGACUCCUCGACGUUUUCGUCGAUCUUCAUUCUAUCUGCGCCUCCGAGAAUCGGAUUUUGUCCUUCAGGCUCCGACUCCGGGGUCUGAUCGUCGCCACUUGCAGUAGUUGCGCCCGUAUCAAUGGCAGACAGAAGAAGAGUAACUAUAAACGCACGAGGUAUUCGUCGCUUUCGUCAGCGUAAGCGGCUCCCAUUAUGUUGACUACAAUAUUUCUUCUAAGAUUUCGAGUAAUUUGACGUUUACCGCGUUGCGGUCGAUGUUAUAAUAGUUAGUUACCAUCUUUUAUUUUUUGAGCGAAGAUAAUAUGUACGUGUACGUUAGGAUUUAAUUGAGAAUUAGAAUGAGCUAAAUACAAUUAAUAUUCUAAUGCAGAGACCAAUCUCCGAGAAAAUCUCUCAGACGACGUGUGUUAUACCU